GUUGCACUUGUCAUUUUACUGACUCGAAUUAAUAAUAGUUUUUAAUGUUUAUUUUAUUGCUUUUUGUUAAAAUGUCGAAACUUUGGUAUUAAAUUAUUAAAGUAAAAUGGAUAAAAAUUAUGUAAAAUCUACUUUAGAUGGACUUAAAUCUACAUCCUCUACUCGUGUUCAGGAAACUUUAAUUAAAAUACGAAGUAAAUUCACAAGUAAUGACGAUGGAAUCAAGCUAUUUCGUGAAUGUGGUGGUUUAAAUUAUUUAAUACCUUAUUUACGUAAACCAAAUGAAAGAAUUCUUGAUAUUACGCUUAGUAUACUCGGUAACUGUUGUCUUGAAGAGGAAAGCAGUUUAUUGGUUGGUAAGUUGAAUAGUUUUGGCUCUCUAGUGAAUAUAUUGAAUACGGUUUGCCGUGACAGUAUAGUGGGAAGGUCCUGUCGUGUAAUCGGAAACUUAGCUCAAAGAAAUAGUAAUGCUGAGGGUCUCCAUAAUCAUGGAGCAGUUGCUGCUCUUUUAGCUAUUAUCGAAAAGCGAGACAAAAACACUUCUUACCCAACACUAGCAAUGGCAGUUAGAGCUAUAAGGCAACUUUGGAUGCUAAACAAUAAAAGGGAUGAAAUGCUGGCACAAAACACUGUACACAUUAUAGCUAUACUUCUCACAACAGAAUGUGAGACAGCUGGGAUCAUAAAAUCUUCAUCAAAGUCAACUGUAGAGGAGACUGAUGGGCUUAGAAAAAGUCAAGAGGAAUUAAUAAUAGGUAUACUGAAAUGUCUAGGCUACUUUACAACUUACUCAUCGGUAUCAUGUGCAGAACAGAUUCAAGGUGAUGGUAGAGGAUAUCAAUGUUUAGUAGCAUUAACAAAAUCCUACGAAUCUUUAGCUUUGAAAUGCAUAAUGAACCUAUGUUUCCUUUCCACAUGCCGUCCUCUUUUGGGUAUUGCAGGUGUGGUUGAAUGUCUUGUGGGUAUUUUAAAAAAGGCAAAAGGUAUUUUAUGGUGGCCAGAAGGGGCUGCACGUGCCUUAGCUUUACUUAGUGGAGAAUCAGUCAACAGAUCACGCUUGCGUCAUUGUGGUGGAUUACCCUUACUAGUUGCUGCAGCCAGAGUUAACCAGCAUGCCCUGCAUGCACUAUUGCAAUAUGUAUUUGAUGAUUCAGCUUUUCAAAUACUUGUAAAUGAAGGACUUGUAAACUUAUUAACCGAUGAACUCACCAACUACAUAACAACUAUGAAUUUUGAGCACAGCAGUUUAGACGAUAAUGAUACGUCAUCUGUAAUGGUAAGAGAAGUAGAGCCCAGCUGUAGUUCCGAAUCCAAUUUGAAAACUCCAGAUAAACAUAAUGUUACUACCAACCAAACAGAAUCCAAAGGAACCUUGUUUAUGCGACGUAAAUCGCAAGUUAAACAAAAUGAGGAUGAACUUAGAGUUGUUAUAGAAAGAGACAACAUGAUUGUUGGAUUUGUUGAUGCUGUGGAUAGUGACGCUACUGACGACAGUCAAAGUGAUGAUGAAGAAAAUUCUCAACAUAAACGCAAAUGUUUAAAAAGGACUAGCUCUGGAAGUCCAAAAUUUCCUAAAAAGAAAUCACAACUUAUAAAAAUGGCUAGUAAAGAUUGGUCAGCUGGGGUCUAUUGGGAACCCAAAAGCCCCGAAUGGCCUUCUGGUAACCAACCUUCAAGCUCACAUGCACCAUUGAGUCCAGAGAUAUCUGAACAAGGGCCUAUGUCUCCAUAUUCAGAUCAGUCCGGCUUUAGUCCAGAAUAUAGAAAUGAUUCUGGAAAUAAACGCGGGAGAUGGGAUUGGAGUCCAGAAUCGGGAGUGAGUUCUGGAGAUGGCAGUUCUGCUUGGAAUAAUUGCAGAUGGAGUCCAUCUAGUUCUGGCCCGUCAUCACCUUAUAGCAUCAAUGAAGACAGUUCAGACUCUGAGAUAUCCGGUCGUUACUCGCCGGUUUGUAGCGAUACGGAGGGUGAAUCGGAAACAGUUGUGGAAGCGGGUGCUAGUAGCGUUGCCGUCGAACUGGACGCCGCGCAAGUGGUGCAAGAUUUCGACGACCUUAUGAUGGAUGAUGAUGAAAGUAUCGACGGAGACUCGCCACUGGAAGAUGACUGUAAAAUAGAUGCUAGUUCUAUGACGUCACGGGUUGCAUGUGUUCUGGUGCUUUUGUUCCGAGUGUCGCACGGCGCUUGUACAACGAGCACCAUUCGUGAAGAGCCCGUACCGAAUCACACUUUAGAUCUGCUCACAGGCCAGGAAUGCCUAAACGCUCUGUUAGACUACGUGGAGCGAUGCAAGCGACCUCUAGGCAGGGCGGCCCGAAUCCUGGCAAGAGUUUUAAGCAACGCUUUAUGUUUGAUGAGUAUUCUUAAACAUAGGCUGACAUUACGAUUGCAUAAAAUGUCUGUCAAAUCAAAACAUCCACCUAAUAAAUGUGUUCAAUGUAAACAAAUCAUAAAGUUAAGUACCAAACUUUUAACUCAGUUGACAAUAUUGGCUGAAUCAAGCUAUGGCAUUGGUGAAAUAAGUUAUAACCUGUUGAAAGGAAAUGCCUCAAUCAAACAAACAUUAUCACUAUCACUUCCAUAUAUAGUAAGGACUGAAAAACCAUUGAAGAAAUAUUUCAUAGACUGCAGUGCACUUAACUUACUAUUCACAGUGAUAGCUGAAAACAAAGAAGACAUGCAAAACUGUGUCACAGCUCUAGGAAAACUUGCCAAAAAUGUUCAUAUAAAAGACCCAAAGACAUUAGAAAACAGAUUUAAGGAUCAAGUGUGCGUCAGUUACGAUCCUAUACUAGAUAAUCUGUCUACUCAUGAUAUAGUUACAUUUCAAUUGGAUGAUUUGUCAACUGUGAAAGCAAACAAAAUAUUCCUUUGCCAAAAUUCCGAAUAUUUUAGUGCAAUGUUGAUGGGAUGUUUCAAGGAAUCAGUUGAAAAGUGUGUGCGAUUAAAAGAUGUCACCAAACCUGCUCUAGAAUACCUCUUUACACUUUUACAUUGUGGUUUGAACAAUCCAAAAUCAGAAGUCAUAGUUUUUCCAAUGGCUGAUAACUUAGAAACAAAUUUAGAAGUAUUAUUGCUUGCUGAUAGAUAUCUGUUUGAAAAGCUCAAAGAGUUGUUAAGCAGCGCCAUAUUGCAAUUCCAAAUGACACCUGAAAAUGCUGAUAAAAUUUACGUAUGGUCCUUAAGCAAGGGUAUGGGAUUUCUAUGUGUAGAAUCUGUAGCAUAUAUAUUAACUGGAAGUAUGUGCGAAUCAUUGCGCACCCGAUCAUUCAGAAAGAUUUUGGCAUUGGAAUACAAGGAGCAAUGGUUAGAUGAUAUCAAAUCUAUGAUAAGGCGUCAAUUGAUUAAAUGAAUUUCUUAUCAAAUUACUAAAAUAGAUUAUAAAUAUUAGUUAAUAUAGAAGGUAACAUGUAUAUAAUAGGUAAAGUGAUAAUUGUUGGUAAUUUAAACUUAAUGGAAUUACUAAUUAUACUAUGUAUUCAUAAUCAAAUAACUAGGUUUACUGUAUAUAAUCAUAAUACCAACAACUAAUCUGUGUUGUAUUUGAAAUUACCAGAUAUAAUGUUCAUUGAAUUAGUUUUGAAAAUCUAAUAUUAUUUAGCUGUUGUAUAUGGCAGUGAUAAUUUUGAGCUUUUAUUUUCACCAAAUAAUUAAAAUAUGGUCAUAUUGGGCAAAACAAUUUUUUUU